AUGCCUACAGCAAAAGCAAUUGUCGCCCGCGAGCCCCGGUUCACAGCGCUGAACUGGGCGCUCGAGGAUGUCUGCGUCUCUAAUGAGCCCGGCGACGACGAGGUCCUUGUCGAGAUGGUCGCUUCUGGCGUCUGCCAUACCGAUAUCGUACUCUCUGCGGUGCCGUCAGGGCAGCUAGGAAUUGGGUAUCCAAAAGUGAUAGGCCACGAGGGAUCUGGAUACGCGCGCAGAAUCGGUAAGAACGUCACAACUGUCCAGGAAGGAGACCCGGUGUUGCUUUCAUUCUAUUCCUGCGGGAGCUGUGGGCAGUGCCAGGAGAGGCACCCAGCAUACUGCGACUCGUUCGCGGUAGAAAAUUACGUCGGGCGCAGGGGGCAUGUCACGACAGCCAAUUCUGCCAAUGGUAAAGGGGACAAUGGGGAGCAGGUCCACUCGCGCUUCUUUGGACAGUCUAGUUUCGCGCGGUACAGCAUCGUUGAUAAAUCGUGUAUCGUGAACGCGAAGGAUCUCAUUCGGAGUGAAGACGAACUGACCCUCUUUGCGCCGCUCGGAUGCGGGUUCCAGACGGGGAUGGGAGCGAUCGAGAAUGUGGCAAAGCCCGACGAGAACAGCGUGCUUGUCGUUCUGGGACUGGGAAGUACGGCAUUGAUCCGUCCGCACAGUGCCAUCGUCGGCGUCGACAGGCUCCCUGGCCGUCUGGAACUCGCCAAAGAGCUCGGCGCUACACACACAAUCGAUACUUCGCCGCCUGGAUUCAACCUGCAAAAGACACUCCUUGAGAUGUUUCCUAGUGGAGUACACCAUAUCGUCGACACAACGGGGGCUCCUGUGCUCAUCGAGGAUGGGCUGCGAUCUCUCAGGCAGCGCGGGAAGAUUGUUCUGAUUGGCGUGCCGCCGAUGCAGUACGAGCUGGGGAUUGGGGUGGUUCAGCAUAUCAAUACCGGCAGGGCUGUUGUUGGGUGUAUUGAGGGUGACUGUGUUCCUGGCGAGGCGGUCCCGAAACUGGUCCAGUGGUACAGAGAAGGACGGUUCCCGAUCGAGAAGCUGAUUACUUACUUUGAGGCGGGUGACUUUAGGCAAGCGCUGGCUGGGCUAGAUGAUGGCUCUGUGAUCAAGGCUGUCCUCAAAUGGAAGGAUGAAUAG